GACACGGACCUGAAAGUCCGAGGAAAAGUCCCGGAAAAGAAAGUCCGAAAAAAAGUCCCGAAGAAGAAAAGUACUCAGAAAGGUCAUUCUAGAAUGCGGCAUCUCGUAGGAGGAAGAAAAGGAGGUGUUGAAACUUGGACUAGGAAUAAUCCGCAUAUAGGAAAAUUUGCUUUUCUGACGGAAAAAGACCAAAAUUAUGUCACUCAUAGAGCAUUGCUAUCAAAAUCGGGUCAAGAAGCACUACAUAAACUUAACGAUACCAUUGAAUAUAAAGUAGAGAUACCUGUUUCAGAAUUAGUAGAACCAAAUAUCUCAUUUCCUCAAGCAAGCCGGUGGUAUAACGGAAUAGAACUACAUGGUUUAGAAGACAUCAAAUUUGUCAAUAUGCUUUUAAGACAUCAUAAAGAUAAACGAGACAAGAUAGAUGAAGAGCCUCUUAUAGUUUAUAUUUAUCCAAUCACAGGUACAAGAUUCAGGUACCCAUCAUCCAACACGGAAAGAGACGCUCAAAGAAUUUUAAAUGAUUCAGAAGGCAAAUUAAGCGCACCCGUUAAAGAAAUUAAAGGUAAAGAAGAUGAAGAUGAAGAUGAAGAUGAAAAACGAGGCCAUUCUAGAGAAAGGCAUGUCGUAAAAAGAGAAAAUGAAGCGGAAGGUGUCGAAGCUUACACUAGAAAUAAUCCAUGUAAAUAAAGAUCUGCUUUUCUGACAGAAAGAGACCAAGACUAUGUCACUCAUAGAGCAUUGCUAUCAGAAAACGGUCGACGAGCACUAUAUUACCUUUACGAGAACGAUAAAACGGUAUUAAACGUACACGUUGACGACAUGAAAGAACAAGAUGUCUCAUUUCCUAAAGGAUCCUAUUGGCAUAGAGGAAUACAAAUACAUCGUAAAAAAAAUAUCGAAUCUGUCCAAAUGUAUUUAAGACAUCAUGCAGAUAAACGAGAAGAGAAAAAUGCAGAGCCUUUCAUACUUACUGUUUUUCCGAUCCUUCAAAAUAUAAAACAAAGGACAUGUACACCUGCGGAAUCCAGAAUAAUUAAAAAAAUAAAACAA